UCCUGGAAAUCGUCUCUCCGGUCCGGACUCAGUCGCGUUGAAACUCAGCUGCGGAUCAGCUGUGUGUGUGAGUCCCUCCGGACACUUUGCUCUGGACUCCUCUGGCUGCCGGAGAGGAGCGAAGUCCACCUCCAAGCCCCCAGACCUCCUCUGAGGACCCGCUGCAGGAUUUGGGAUUCUUUCUUUUUCUUUCAAUGUUUUCAUCCACGGACUCCUCGCGCAGCCCCGGUGUCUCCUGCGUGUCCGCGCGCCUUUGUCAUUGUAAUGUCGGUGUGAUCUGUGCGCGUCUAGCUGAUUGUCGCUUUGCAUUUCAGCGCAAACACACACAGUGAGGAGCUGGAAUAAAGACGAGGCGCCUGCAGCAGGAAACGUGGAUCCCUUUUCCUCUUCUUGUUUCCCCUCUGGAUUGAUUUUAUCCCUCCGUUUUCACUCUGAUUUUUCCUGGAGAAAGCUGGAGGAUGUUGCUCCGCUGCUGGAUCCCUCCCUCCUGGUCCACCUGUAGGUUUUUCUUCUGCUUUUUGUUGCUGCUCCAAACGCCCCGGUCCUCCUCUCCGCUAAUUACAGGUACCGAGGCCAGCUGUGAGAACGAGGGAGAAGUCCUCCACAUCCCCAACAUCACCGACAACCCCUGCAUCACCUGCGUCUGUCUGGAGGGUAAGGCGGACUGUAAGCAGGAAAAGUGUCCUCUGGUUUCGGAGGAUUGUGCUCUGGUGGUGAAACAGACCGGCGCCUGCUGUGAGAGAUGUAAAGGUUGUAUGUUGGACGGGCGAUCCUACAACAGCUCUGUGUCCUGGACCACCUCCACCAAACCCUGCAUCACCAGACGCUGCCAGGAAGGUGUGAUCACUGAGGCGGACUUUCAGUGUGUCGUUCACUGCAGGAACCCAAAAAUCCACCCCAAGAAGUGUUGCCCCACCUGCCCCAGUUGCAUCUUUGAGGGUCGCCUGUACAAAGAGAAGGAGGAGUUCAGUCCUGAGGGCAAACCCUGCAUCAAAUGCACCUGCACUGGAGGGCGGACUCUCUGCAUGAGGGAGGUGUGUCCUGUCCUCUCAUGCCCCGCCCACCUCAGCCACACCCUCCCCGGACAGUGCUGCCCCAGAUGUCUCGGUCAGAGGAAGGUGUUCGAUCUGUACUCGGGAAGCUGCCUGUUCCACAGUGAAGUCUUUGAGAACGGCACGUCCUUCUCACACGACAACUGCACCACCUGCACCUGCAAGGACUCAACGGUGGUGUGCAACAAGCGGUGCUCUCGGCCCGGGAGCUGCCAGGGCGAGCACUGCUGUGACGGGUGCUUGUGCUAUGUGAAGGUGGAGGAGGUGAAGUACUGCAGGGUCCGCAACAAGAUCUACAGGGAAGGAGACAUGUGGUCCUCCGUCAACUGCACUCUGUGUGCCUGCGUCAAAGGAAGCAUCGAGUGUCGGCCCAAACAGUGUGUACCAAUAACCAGCUGCCCCUCGAAUAAGAUCCUGAACCGGACCGGCUGCUGUCCCGUCUGCACUGAAAAGCCGGGUGUGUGCACGGUGUUUGGAGACCCUCACUACAACACCUUCGACGGCAGGACCUUUAACUUUCAGGGCACCUGUCAGUACGUGCUGACUCGGGACUGUGGCAGCGCCCCCUCUGGAGCAGUGGGGAACACCAUCAGCAGCUCGGACUCCAGCUUCAUGGUGUUGGUGAAGAACGACGCCCGGCGGACACGCUCCUUCUCCUGGACUCAGUCAGUGGAGAUCCGGCUGGGCGGGCUGGUGCUCGGCCUCCACCAGCACCUGACGGUCCGGAGGAACGGGACCCGCAUCGCGCUGCCCUACCACGGCCCCGGGGUCCACAUCGACCUUGACGGAUACCUGCUCAAACUCACCACCAUCGCAGGUCUGGAGAUCACGUGGGACGGUGACAGUUUCGUAGAGGUGGUCGCGGCCCCCCACCUGCGCGGACGCCUCUGUGGCCUCUGCGGAAACUACAACGGCCACAAGCGCGAUGACACCAUGGGGGGCGACGGACAGUUCAAGUUCGACGUGGACGAGUUUGCCGAGUCAUGGCGGGUGGAGGGAAAUGAGGUUUGCUCCCAGCAGCCCCCUGCUCGCCGGCCCACCUCAUUCCUGUGUCCCGGCAGCGUCAAGGUCAAGUUCCGCGCUCAUCGGGAGUGCCAGAAGAUAAAGCUGUGGGAGUUCCAGAAGUGCCACCGUGUGGUCGACUUCGCCCCAUUCUACAGGUCGUGUGUGACGGACAUGUGUGAGUGUCCGGUGCAUAAAAACUGUUACUGUGAGUCCUUCAUCGCCUACAGCCGGGCCUGCGAGAGGGAGGGGGCGCCCGUCGUCUGGAAGGCCGACACCGCCUGCAUGGCAACGCAGUGUAAGCACGGCGCCGUGUACGACACCUGCGGCCCCGGCUGCACCAAAACCUGCGACAACUGGAACGAGAUCGGCCCGUGCCACAAGCCCUGCGUGGCCGGCUGCCACUGCCCCGCCAACCUGGUGCUGUUCCAGGGACGCUGCAUCAAACCCACGUCCUGCCCCGGCCGGUGACCCCUGUGACCCCGGAGAGACGGUGGCCGAGGGGGGGAAGGUCAGUUUAUAGAGACAGGGGCCGAAGAAGCAGAGAAAGGUACUCAGGGUCCAGAUGUGUCUGAUGAGACGUUAGAGGGACACCAUUUGGUGAAGAACUCGUACUGUCUUGAUGCCAGUUCUCUCCCCCGAAGAACUGAGACCCUCCCACAUUUCUGGAGGUUUUACGUCCUCCAGCUUCGGAGGGACGUUUGUCCACGCCGCCACGAACCCUCAGGAAACCAUGUGGGCCACUGGACUCGUGCUCGAGCCAACAUGGCGCCCACGUUUUCCCUCACAAACUCUCCAGAGGUGAGGAACCUGCGGUGGGAAUAAGGAGGUGCAUCGCCGCUCCAUCAUUUCAUCCUGCAAGCUAACCAGAUGUAUAUGAAAGACACAGCUUUUAUAUUAUUAUUAUUGUUCUAAUUAUUAUUAAUAUUAUUAUUUUUUGUUGUUGAUGUUAAUUUAUAUAUCGGUUAAGAUGACAUGUCGUAGCAAGAGCCAGAAUCACGAGUAUAAUAAUGAUUUUUAAAGGGAAACAAAAGCUAUUUAUGUAUUUGUUUGUGUUACUGUUUGAAAUGUGACUCGUUGCACCAUCGCAGGGAAAAAGUACUGUAUUAAUAAUAAGCCACGUGUACAGGUCGUUGUGGCUCGUACCAAACUGAAGGUGUUUAGCAGAGCAUAUGUUUCACUUGAUGAUGAUUAUUUAAGACCAGCAAUAUAAUCUUUUACCGAAGUUCA